AUGUCCACCUCAGAAAAGGUCUCCACCCCACCGCCAGCCCAUACGGCUGCUAUGCGAUCUUCCGCUACCUCAACCAUUGUGGAAUCGGCCGUCAAGGGAGAUUUAGAACAUGCGGGAAACAGAAACACGAUGACUCUCUGGGACUAUUUGAAGGCAGAUGUAGACCCAGCACAGACGACGGCACCCUUGGCUGCGUACUGCUUUAUGACUGGUUACAUCGACGUUAUUUCCUUCUCUGCUAUCUUCGUGUGGUGCGGUUUCCAAACAGGAAAUUUUGCCCAGCUGGCUCUCGCUCUCGGUCGUUUGUUUGAAGGCCCUCCGGGACUGCGUGAUACGAGCUUCCACAGGGCUGAUCAGCAAGCAUUGUGCUCUCUUAUCUCAUUCAACCUCGGAGCAUUCGUUGGAAGGAUCGGUGAUCGUGUUGGCGCGCACAAGCGGAUAUGGCUCGUCGCCGGAACAUUCAUCCAGGCUCUUCUGACAAUGGCUGGUGCCAUUGCAUUCUGGAAAUCAGCUUCUUCAUCCAUCGCUGACGAAAGAGACGACCCCGCUUGGACAAAUGCCCUCUCAUUUGUCGGCCUCGCAUUCAUGAGUGCCAGUUUAGGCGUGCAGGGAAUUCUGGGAAAACGCCUAAACACGCAAUUCGGAACCACAAUUGUUCUGACGACGGUUUGGGUUGAGCUGAUGUCCGAUCCGAGAUUGUUCAAGCUCCGGCAGCGCGUUAUGACGCGCGACCACAGGCUUAUCGCUGCGGUGUCAUUAUUUAUUGGCGCAUUCGUUGGACGUGCUAUCCUUGCUCAACUAGGGACUGCUGCCACCUUGGGAAUCGGUGUCGGCUUCAGAAUGCUUAUCACCUUCUCAUGGAUCUUCGUCCCCGGUAAAGCCGCUCGUCGAUGA